UAAGGUUCACAAUAUUUAGUAACCUGUAUUGUUGCAAAGUAAUUGUCAUGGCUUCGGAACGGUACAGUUUCUCGUUAACGACUUUCAGUCCAUCUGGAAAGUUAGUGCAAAUAGAAUAUGCCCUGGCUGCUGUAGCUGCUGGAGCAGCUAGCGUCGGUAUCAAGGCCUCCAAUGGAAUUGUCCUUGCCACAGAGAAUAAGCACAAAUCCAUAUUAUACGAUGAACAUAGUGUAAACAAAGUGGAAAUGAUUACGAAGCAUAUUGGCAUGACCUAUAGUGGGAUGGGACCAGACUAUAGGCUGCUGGUAAAGCAAGCUCGUAAAAUGGCACAGCAAUACCUGCUCGUGUAUCAGGAACCAAUACCGACUGCUCAGCUGGUGCAACGAGUAGCCAUGCUUAUGCAGGAAUAUACGCAAUCUGGCGGAGUUAGGCCUUUUGGAGUAUCCCUGCUAAUUUGCGGAUGGGAUAACAACAAGCCUUAUCUGUUCCAAUGCGAUCCUUCUGGAGCGUAUUUCGCGUGGAAGGCGACUGCUAUGGGUAAGAAUUUUAUAAACGGUAAAACGUUUCUGGAGAAAAGGUACAGCGAGGAUUUGGAGCUGGACGAUGCCGUUCACACUGCCAUUUUAACGCUAAAGGAAGGUUUCGAGGGUCAGAUGACCGCUGAUAAUAUAGAAGUUGGUAUUUGUGACGCGAGUGGUUUCAGAAGAUUGGAUCCCUCCAGUGUCAAGGACUAUCUUGCCAAUAUUCCUUAAUUUUAUACUACUUUUAUAUCGCAUUAUUGCAGCAAUCGUUGCACACUUGAAAACUAUAAAACUAGAUUCUUAUAAUAAAACCUUUUGUUGGAAAUAAAAUUACCACUUGUUUAUUUA